UGUGCUUAAUUAGUGCAGUGAUUACAACUUGUCUCUCACCAUGAGUGUUGGAAGUGUAAGAGCAAAUAUAGUUUGCAAAGAAGUCACGUCCACCCCUCCCUCUGCUUUCUCUCCUCUCCAUCUCCCCCAUGCAUGUGCCGCCUUUGCACAAAGAAUGCACCGAGGGGGGGCAAAAACCCCAAAUGCUCAAUGUCAUGGACAGGAAUGAGGUGUCACCUGCGCCUGGUGCCACCGUGAUGAAGAACGCGGCGUGCCCCAGCGGAGGCGCACACAACGCCGCCAAAUGCGCAGGGAGCCAAGGCGGUCAAGUGUGUCCGGAGUCUCCCCGCCUGAGCUCCAAGGAGAAGGACGAGUCGGAGGGCGGGAAUGACGAGGGCAUGUUUCCGCAUUCGCGUGUGCGUCGAGCCGGGUGGAACCGUGGAGGAGGAAGAGGAGGAGGCAGCAUCGGGAUGAAAAACUUUACGCCAGGAGGGGGAGCCUCGUCCUCGGCUUCCAGGAGGCUCUCUGACAAGGAGCCCUGUCUUCCUCACGCAGAGGACGCUCUUGCUGCCUCACGGCCCACUGCUACCUCCGGAGCCACGGAGACCCGCGGACCUCACCCGGGCGAUGCUGCCCAGCACGGCGAGAGCUGCGGAGCAUCUGGGGUGGAGGCGUCGGAACCGGCGGCCGUCGCGGUAGACACAGCGGACGCAGCAGCGGCGACGACGACGGGUGAUGGUGGCAACAUCGGCGUUCCCAUUUCAAGCAUGAAAUGCAACAAAAACGGAGAAUGCAGGAGGGACUCCGGCACCGGGAGCCUGCGCUCGAUCAUCUCCAAGCAGGAGAAGCCGAGGGCCGAGCGCGGUGCGUGUAACUCAACCACCGCCAGCAUGGACGGCUCCAUCACGCCAGGCGGGUCCCUAGCCGGGGGCCACGGAGGCGACAGCGUCAACCCCGGAUCGAGCGGGGUCCCCGAGAAGAAGGACUCCAAGGUGUCUUUCUCCAACGCGCCCAGCCGGAAAGCCUCGUCGUCCCUGCACGGGCCGAGCCAGACCCCGCAGCCCAGGAACUCUGUCACUUUCCAGAAGCCCGAGGACGGAGCCCAGAUAUUGCCGGCCGAGGAUGCAGAGCCUCGGGGCAGCCAGGCCAGCUUCAUGCAGAGACAGUUCAGCAGCAUGCUGCAGCCGGGAGUUAACAAAUUCUCCUUGCGUAUGUAUGGCAGCCAAAAGGCUGUGGAGAGAGAGCAGGAGAGGGUCAAAUCAGCCGGAAAUUGGAUUAUUCACCCUUACAGUGAUUUCAGGUUCUACUGGGAUUUUACAAUGCUGCUGUUUAUGGUGGGCAACCUGAUCAUCAUCCCUGUGGGCAUCACCUUCUUCAAGGAAGAGACCACCACGCCCUGGAUCAUCUUCAACGUGGUCUCGGACACUUUCUUCCUGAUGGACCUGGUGCUCAACUUCCGCACGGGAAUCAUCAUCGAGGACAACUCCGACAUCAUUUUGGACCCUGAGACCAUUAAGAAAAAGUAUCUAAAGACCUGGUUCAUAGUGGACUUCAUCUCAUCCAUUCCGGUGGAUUACAUAUUCCUCAUCGUGGAGAGGGGGAUGGAUUCGGAGGUGUACAAGACGGCUCGAGCGCUGAGGAUCGUCCGCUUCACCAAGAUCCUGAGUCUUCUGAGGCUGUUGAGGCUCUCCAGAUUAAUACGCUAUAUUCACCAAUGGGAAGAGAUCUUCCACAUGACCUAUGACCUGGCCAGUGCUGUGAUGAGGAUCAUUAACCUGAUUGCAAUGAUGCUGCUGCUGUGUCACUGGGACGGCUGCCUACAGUUCCUGGUUCCCAUGCUGCAGGACUUCCCAUCUGACUGCUGGGUGUCCCUCAACAAAAUGAAGAACGACACCUGGUCCGAGCUCUACUCCUUUGCCGUCUUCAAGGCCAUGAGCCACAUGUUGUGCAUCGGUUACGGCCGCCAAGCCCCGGAGAGUUUGUCGGACAUCUGGCUGACCAUGCUGAGCAUGAUCGUGGGAGCCACGUGCUACGCCGUCUUUAUUGGCCACGCCACGGCUCUUAUUCAAUCCCUGGACUCCUCCAGACGACAAUAUCAGGAAAAGUACAAACAAGUGGAGCAGUACAUGUCCUUCCACAAACUGCCAGCCGACUUCCGCCAGAAGAUUCACGACUAUUACGAGCAUCGAUACCAGGGCAAGAUGUUUGAUGAGGAGAGCAUUUUGGGUGAACUCAGUGAGCCGCUCAGAGAGGAAAUUGUCAACUUCAACUGCCGCAAACUGGUGGCAUCCAUGCCACUCUUUGCCAACGCAGAGCCAAACUUUGUCACGGCCAUGUUGACAAAGCUGCACUUCGAGGUAUUCCAACCACACGAUUACAUCAUAAGGGAGGGCACCAUCGGGAAGAAAAUGUACUUCAUCCAGCACGGAGUCUGCAGCGUCAUCACCAAAGGCACCCUGGCCAUGAAACUCUCCGACGGCUCCUAUUUCGGAGAGAUAUGUUUAUUGACAAGGGGUCGACGGACGGCCAGCGUUCGAGCAGAGACGUACUGUCGACUCUACUCUCUGUCCGUGGACCACUUCAAUGAGGUGCUGGAGGAGUAUCCCAUGAUGAGACGAGCCUUUGAGACCGUGGCCAUUGAUCGCUUGGACCGCAUUGGUAAAAAGAAUUCCAUCCUGAUGCACAAAGUUCAGCAUGACCUCAACUCCGGCGUUUUCAACAACCGCGAGAACGAGAUGAUCCAAGAGAUCGUCAAGUACGACCGCGAGAUGGUAAAGCCCAUGGACCUGCAGAGGCCGCGGGCCAUGUCGAUGACACCCUCCAUCGGUGGCAUCUUUGCUCCCCCGGGCCAGUCCCAGACGGGCUCGGCCAUCGCCACCCUGCAGCAGGCGGUGGCCAUGAGCUUUUGCCCGCAAAUGGCGAGUCCUCUAGUGGGGCCAGGGACUCUGCAGUCUCCUCGUAUGGUGCGAAGAUUCCAGGUGAUGCAGAGCUUGCAAAGCCCCGUCUCCAUGUCUCCUGUUCAGUCUCAGCCCCCUCAGACGCUCGGAGGGGCGUUCGGUUCGGCUAUCUCCAGCCCGCCGGUCCAAAGCCCCUUAGCAGCUUCGGGACGGACUUUCCAGUACAUGGCGAGCGCAGGCCCUUCGGGGUCCCAGUUGUCCUUAGUGCAACACCACGUACCCAGUCCCACACACACCCAGCAGAGGCCUGCCUCACACAAGAGCACCCACUCCCUUCACACGGGGAGCUUGAGCCAGGACACCCGUGCACUGUCUGCCUCCCAGCCUUCACUCCCCCAGGAGGGAGCGCCCCAAGCUGCAUCCGCCGACCCUAGCCCCGCACCCUCGACCCGCACCUCCAAUACCUCCAUUGGCCCCACUCACCCUAACCUUCCCGGGCCCUCUGGGGUGGGGAGACCGGCGGGCACUCAACAGAGGGUAGCCUUCGCCUCCACACCUCCUCCCGGUGGACCUGCCGCGGGAUCAGGGCCUCCGGACUCUGGCGUUCCCAAGAAAGAUUCAAUUGUCAGCCUUCCGGAGCUAGACUCUGCCAGAUCCCGGCUGUCUUCCAACUUGUGACCCUGGUCGAUUUCAGGAAAGAGGCCUUUUUUGUAGGUGUUUGCCUUGGGUCAGUUCCACUGAUCCGUGGUCAGCCUGCUAAAUGACUAAUGGGCUGUUGAUGACGCCGCCAGUCAUUGGGCCUGGAUGCUGGUGUCGACUGAAGGAGACGUGUCUCCACAUCCUGGGACUGCGGCGAGGAGACGUCUCUACAAUGAAACUAGUAUAACUUAAGGUGGAGCUGGUCUAGUCUACCGUGCCAGCACCUUUUAUUCUUAGUAUCACCCCUUACACUCUGCUUCCAAACACCUACUGUAUAUCGCUGUCUUUAACUGUAAAGAUAUUUAGAAACAUACAAUUAAUGUAACAUUUGCAUACUGUUUAGAAUCCAUGCGAUGCAAUCUAGCAGGAGCUGGACUUGAAAAUGAAAAUCAGGGACUCGAA